GUUCGCGCUCAUGAGAGGAGUGGAAUAUCUGGGGUUUCAGGUUAGGGAGGGGUGCAUGACGAUUCAGGAAGCGAAGGUAGCAAUCCUAGACCGGCUGGCCACACCUAAGGACAUGAGCACCCUGAGAGUGGUACUGGGGUUCUUGAAUUACUAUCAGAAGUUCAUCCUGAACUUCAGCAGGAGAGCAACGGCCCUGCAUCGGCUGCUUCGAGAGGAUCAGCCAUGGAAUUGGGGGCAAGAGGAGGAAGUGGCGCUGAAAGAUCUGCUGGGAGCGGUGAAGACGGGCCCCGUCCUAUACCUGCCCAGCAAGACGGACCCCUUCGUCCUGUACACGGACUGGAGCAGCGCGGGAAUCAGGGCGACGUUGCUGUUUGUUGAGACGCCCGCGGAAAGGACCCUGGAGCACAAGGGCUCGCACUCAGUUCCUGUGAAGAGUGCGGGAUAUGAGAGGAGGAGGGGGGGAGAGAAGGAGGAGGAGGAGGAGGAGGAGGAGGAGGAGGAGGAGGAGGAGGAGGAGGAGGAGGAGGAGGAGGAGGAGGAGGAGGAGGGGGGGGGAGGAGGGGGGGGAGGAGGAGGAGGAGGAGGAGGAGGAGGAGGAGGAGGAGGAGGAGGAGGAGGAGGAGGAGGAGGAGGAGGAGGAGGAGGAGGAGGAGGAGGAGGAGGAGGAGGAGGAGGAGGAGGAGGAGGAGGAGGAGGAGAUGUGCCAUGGUGCUGCAGCAGAGGAAGACAAGCUGCAUGAGCCAGGGAGUACUGUACAGUAUGC